AAAUCAUUACGAGAGAGAUGGGGCUGGGUAAAACAAAGUAUUGUUGAACAAUUUGUUAAUAAUUGCAUAAUAUGUGCUCUUAGAAAACUAUCAUUUCAUCCCUUGGUAGCCAAGCCAAUAAUUGCAAAGAAUUUCUUAUCUCGCAUUCAGAUGGAUUUGAUUGAUCUCUCUUUUGAUCCAGAUGAAGAAUUCAAGUAUGUGUGUCAUGUGAGAGAUCAUUUUACUCGGUUCUCUUGGGCUCGAGCACUUACUUCUAAAAGGCCAAUUGAAGUUGCAUCAUUUCUAUUUGACCUUUUUCAUUCAAUUGGAUUAUCUCCAACUAUAUUACAAUCGGAUAAUGGAAAGGAAUUUGUUGCACAAGUUAUUAAAGAGCUUAUUGAAUUGUGGCCAUCAGUAACUAUUAUCAAUGGGUGGCCCCGACAUCCCCAGUCUCAAGGACUUGUUGAACGGGCUAAUGGAAUUUUGGAGCAAAAAUUGGAUAAAUAG